AUGACGCUCGACUAUACCAGUCAUCCGGCCGAGAUUGUCGGAUCGGGCGAGGUCAAGGGCGUGAAGAAAAUGGUCACAAUUGAUGAUCUCAAGCGAGCUAUCCCAGCUCAUUGCUUCAAGCCCUCAUACACCAAGUCGCUCUUCUUCCUCGUCCGCGACUUGCUUGUCAUUAGCACAUUCGGAUCGAUUGCGUGGUUCCUGAUUCCCCAGAUCGAGCAUACGCCGGCUCGUUGUGUUGCCUGGAUGUUGUACGGAUACAUGCAAGGUCUGGCCUUUACUGGUCUCUGGGUCCUCGGACACGAAUGCGGUCAUGGAUCGUUUUCGGCCUCGAAGCUGCUCAACAAUACGUUUGGCUGGGUGAUUCAUUCUUCGUUGAUGACGCCGUACUUUGCAUGGCAAUCCACCCAUCGCCGUCAUCACAUCUACGCCAACAACCUCGCCAAAGACCACAACUACGUCCCACCCCAGGCCGAGCAAUACGCCUCCGUACUUGGCAUCAGCGCCGAACACCUCGAGUCGCUCGACGAGAUGACUGAAGAUGCACCGCUGGCUGCUUUCGGUCGCCUCGUCAUGCAGCAACUCCUCGGCUGGCCCAUGUACCUCAUCAACAACAUCACCGCAUCCUCUGGGAGUUUGUACGGCAAGCAGUCGGACAAGCUACUGGGGAACUCGCACCUGAACCCGUGGUCUACUCUUUUCAGACCCGAGGAAGCACAUCUCAUGAUUGCCUCGGAUAUCGGCCUGGCGCUCACUGCCGGGGCCUUGUACAUGGCUGGCCAGAAGAUUGGAUUCGCGAGCGUGGCGCUGAUGUACGGGCAGCCGUACCUGUGGCUGAACCACUGGAUCGUAGCAAUCACCUAUCUGCACCACACGCACCCCGAGCUACCCAAAUACCAGCCCGAAGCCUGGACGUUCAUCAAAGGCGCAUUGGCAACGGUGGAUCGCAACCUUGGGUUUGCGGGCAAGCAUAUGCUUCACAAUAUUGCGGAUUACCACGUCAUCCACCACCUCUUCUCCCGCAUCCCCCACUACCACACCCAACAAGCGACCGAGGCCAUCCAGCCCCUCCUGGGCCCCCAAUACCACCAAGACCGCGGAAACUUCAACGCCGCGAUGUGGGAAUCCUUCCACAAAUGCCAGUGGGUCAAGGCGGACGAUGCCGAGGACGAGGCGGAUAGGGCGUACUGGUUUAAAGCGGGGCCGAUGCCGCCGCCGGAGAGCGAUAUGAAGAGGAGGGCGUGGAUUUAG